AUGGCAGCGGAGGACGGGACGUCUGAUCAUACUACGAUCAUUGACAUGGAGCUAGCUUUGCCGCCUGCCUUCCUGUGGCCCGAGUGUUGCAUCUACAAGAUCCCCAGAGAGCUCUGCAUGUUCAACGAAAAGGCUUACUCUCCAAGGCUUAUUUCAAUCGGCCCUCUUCAUCAUGGCAAGAGAGGACUGAAGAAGAGGGAUAUGUUGAAGCUCAGAUAUUUCAGGAAUUUCUUUUAUCGGACCCAGAAAAAACAGGAGGAUUUUUAUAAACUCAUUGACAACGAAUUCCAUCGAGUGUUAAGGUCCUAUUCAGAGUUUGAUCUCGCUCCUGAAUAUUUACUUAAAGUGAUCCUCUUGGAUGCCAUCUUUAUCAUCGAGUUAUUCUUGAAUACUGCUAGGAACCCAGAUGACCAAAACGAUGAAAUAUUGAGUAAACCAUGGCUGAGACAUGCUAUAAGGGUUGACUUGAUGUUACUUGAGAAUCAGAUUCCAUAUUUUGUUCUCAAGGAAUUAUAUGAAUAUGCCUUCAUGGACGAUAAUCGAAGCGAGGAGCAACGUGUUGUUACCCUCAGCUUUCUUACGCUUACAUAUAAUUACUUUUGUUUGAGUUAUGAGCAGGGACACAUGGAAGAGGAAGGAGACCCAAACCAUUUCACUGAUUUGCUGCGAACAUUUCAUUGUCGUCCGUUCCUUUCAAAGAUUAUCCCGGCAACAAGAGACCCUGACGAGAGGGAGAUCAGGAUGGUGGUCAUGCCCAUCAAACAUCUAUAUACUGCGACAAAGCUGGACGAGGCAGGAGUGAAAUUCAAGGCAGUAGAAGAAAACGUAAGCUUUCUUGACAUAAAAUUCCAGAAGAAUAGUUGCUUGGAUUUCUGUCCAUGCUUCACUUCCUCAUGGCUUUUGAAUUGCUUACCAUGCCUGAAAUACUUCCCAUGCAUGGUGCGCAUGCAAACUUUCUUGGAAGUCCCGCACUUGGUGGUAGAUGAUCGAACUGAAACUCUUUUCCGAAACAUCAUGGCCCUGGAGGAGUGCCAUUAUCCAAGGGAAGCUUACUUCUGUAAUUACGUUAGCCUCUUGGAUUUUCUUAUAUCCGAUGAAAAAGACGUGGAAUUGCUUGUCGACAAAAAGGUUUUUCGGAAUCAACUUGGUAGCAAUGCAGAAGUGGCGACUCUGAUUAACAAUCUGUGCCCCGAUCAGAUUGGGGAUGCUUCAUCCAUUUUCUAUGAUCUCAGUCGACUGCUGAAUAAGCACUGUGAUAACCCUUGGAACCGUACCUUGGCAACCAUGUCAAGCGUGUAUUUCCCUAAUAUUUGGAGAGGUACUGCAACUGUGGUUGGGCUAAUUAUCCUGGGAUUCACUUUCUGGAAUUUUCUUAGGCCUUAUGUUUCGUAG